GGCUCUACAAGGAGUACAAGAUGCUCAAGCAGCAGAGAAAGGAGUCGGAUCCCUCCCAGCUCAGCUCCUCCUGCCAAGCAGCAGCCCCGGAGACCCCAACAGUGGAGCAGGUACCGGACUCCGGUUCUUGGGGCACACACCUGAACCGGCAGCCGAAAUCGCCCAAACUGAGCCCCUGCGGCCGCGCCGCGCCGAAAACCUCGGUGCAGUACUACGGGAUGAAGCUGAAAUCCAACCUGGGAGCUGCUGGGAAGGAGACGCCCUUGACCCCAAGGAGGACCCUGACCCCAAGGAGGACCCCGACUCCCAUGGGGACCCCAAGUCCCAUAGGGGCCCAAACUCCCAGCAGGACCCCAACUCCCAGUGGGACCCCAAAGAGCGGUGACAAAGCCACGUCCCCGGCGCCAGCGGAGGCUUCGCUGCCCGCUAAAGGGGACCCAGAUCUCCUCCUCCCUCCCUCGGUGUCGGGGCUGGCCCCCAUCAUCCUCACCGCGGGGCUGAAGCCCCCCCCGCCGCCUCCGCCGAAUAAAUUCCAGCAGCUGAAGCGGACGGUGGCGCAGAGACUGGGCUCGCUGGAUCCCGCCUGGCUGCAGAGGUGCCAAGGGACGCGGGAAGAGGGCGGUGGGGAACUGGGAGUGGGAGAUUUUGGGAGGAAAAGGCCCCGUGGAGAUGACGGAGGCGAUGGAGACGCCACGGUGGCUCUCAUGAAGCUCAAGCGCUGCCGCCGAGGCUCGGCCGAGGGAGAAUUUGGCACUGGUGAGGGGCUGAAGCAGGAGGAGGAAGAGCACCCGGCGAGCCUAAAGGAGAGCAAAGAGAUGUCAGAGCCCUCCGAAAAUCUCCUGGGGGAGCUGGAGGAGGAGGAGGAGAAGCCCAGAGCUGCCCGCAGAGCUGGCGCUGCCAGGUAG